AUGCUUCUCCCAUCCGCUGUCUCCUGCGACGGCAACAACGGCUAUGCCACGGCGUCGCAAUCCUACCGCCUCCAACCCGCGGCGCAAUUCGCCUCACCACCCAACAGCCCACCGCCGACCGGGCUCGGCCUUAACAACCUGUUCGCGACCUGCCGCAGCCUCCAGGCGCUUCUCGCCGCUGCACCCGCCCCAAGUCUUCUGGCUACCCCUCCCCAGAUCAUCCCGCAAAAGGUCGCCGCUCGCAGCAACAGCAACAACACCAACAAUGGCCAACUCCCCAGCCCUCCACUCACACACGCGCCGUCGCCCUUGAAGCUCCGUCUGCGUCCGCGCAAGCCCGCGGCCUCGGCGGACAACAAUACCACAAACGUCCACAAUGUCGAGACUCCUCGCAGGCGAAAAGUCGUCAAGCGCGCGCCGCCACCACCACCGCCACGCGGCGCCAACAAGAGGCGUCGCAGCGACCAGGACGACGACGUGUCGUCGGACAGCGAGGCGGAGAACCACCACAACGAUGAGGACUCGAUCAUGACAGCAGCGCCGCAGACGCCAAAGCGUGCGCGCAUAGCGCCGGCCAUCGUCCCGCUCGGCCUUGGGCGGGCCGAUUUUCACAACGUGCAUGAGCCUCAACAGCAACAGCGGGGCCGCGAUGGCACCGAGGUUGAGGUCGAGGUGGACGGCGAGGAGUGGAGCGCCGAGGACGACAGGAUCCUGGUGGAGCUGGUGCUUGAGAAGCUCAGACUUUCCAAGGAGGAGUGGCAGGACUGCGCCAGGAGCAUGGGCAGGGACAAGGCAAGCCUCGGGAGGAGGUGGAAGAGCUUGAUGGCACACGGUGAUGUUGGCCUCAAGAGCAACAGCAGGAGUCGGCGUGGACGUAUCCAUGGCACAUGGAGGUAG